GCUGCGGAGCCUGCUCGGGUCCAGGCAAGGGCCGGCGCUGGGGGCCCGAUGCCUCGCCAGUGACUCCAGCGCCAUGACCCGCAAGAAGGCGGAGGAGCCGGACCCCAGCCUGCUGGGUGGCCUGGAGAGGAGCUGCUCCCGCCUGCUGGGUGGCUCCCCGGGUGCUCUCCAGAACGGGGGCCCCUACGCCAGCCUGGACGGAGACGAAGACGACGACGACGACGACGACCCCAUCUACAUCCAGGACACCGGCGGCUUUGCCCGGGGCAACUAUUUCCGAGAUGGAGCGACUAAGAUCGACUUCGUGCUGGUCUGGGAGGAGAAGCUGCGCCCCCCAAAGAAGAGGAAGGCCAAGCAGCCCCCAUGCGAGGGGCGGCCGCGGGAGCGCCACGAGCAAUGGAAGAGGAAGUUCCUGAAAAACCUGCGCGGCGCCGGGCUGCUCACGGAGAAGGAGGAGACGCUGAGUGAGCGCAAGACCAUCCACUACCUGAAGCUGAGCGCGCCCUGGGACGUGCUGGUGUACUACGCCGAGGAGCUGUGCUUGCGGGCCCCCCUCCAGGCCCAGCCCAACCCCGACUGCAACAGCUCAGACGAGGUUUUGCGCCGGCUGCGGGUCCCCAACCCCAUGUACCAGCGGGUGCCCAACAAGCCCUCGGACUUCUACCCCUGCGCCUUCCGCAAGUCCAAGCUGGACAGGUUCUUGGGCAGCGACUCCCGGGACACCUACUUCACCCACACCCAGAGGCACCGCAUUGUGUACGAGAUCCUGGCACGCACCGUCUACGGGAAACGGAAGCACGCUGAGGUCGGCAUCGAGCGGCUGCUGAACGAGGGCGUUUACACCGCGGCCUUCCCUCUGCACGAGGGCCCCUUCGAAAUGCCCGAGUAUGAGGUGCCGGGUGAGGAGCUGAACCCGCGCCAGGUCCUGUACCACUUCUGGGCUCAGUGGUGCUGCUGGUACCAGUACCAGCCCCUGGACCACAUCCGCGAGUACUUCGGGGAGAAGAUUGCCAUCUACUUCGCCUGGCUGGGCUUCUACACCGCCUGGCUGCUGCCUGCCGCCACCGUGGGCACCUUCGUCUUCCUAGCAGGCCUGGUCACCAUGGGAACCAACACGCCAGCGCAGGAGAUCUGUGAGAGCGGAGGCCAGUUCCUCAUGUGCCCGCUUUGCGACACGUGCCAGACCUGGAACAUCUCUGAGAUUUGCCCCAUGGCGAAGGUGGGCUACCUCUUUGACCACCCGGGGACUGUGUUCUUCAGCGUCUUCAUGUCCUUCUGGGCCGUGACCUUCCUGGAGUACUGGAAGCGGACGAACGCCACGCUGGCGCAUCACUGGGACUGCAUGGACUUCCAGGAGGAGGAGGAGCGGCCCAGGCCAGAGUUCGCUGCCAUGGCACCGCAGAUGGAGCAAAACCCCGUCACGGGCGUGAAGGAGCCCUACUUCCCGGAGCGCGCCCGGCUCUCCCGCAUCCUGACGGGCUCCAUGGCCAUCGUCAUCAUGCUCUGCGUGGUGAUGAUCUUCCUGGUUUCGGUGAUCAUGUACCGCGGCAUCGUCAGCAUGAUGAUGUACCACACGGGCAACACCAUCCUGAUGACCCAGGCCGGGAACAUAGCGAAUAUCAGCAGCACCAUGGUGAACCUCGUGCUCAUCCUCCUCAUGAGCCAAGUCUACACCUCCCUGGCGGAGAAGCUCACGCGGUGGGAGAUGCACCGGACCCAGACCCUGCAUGAAGAUGCCUUCACCUUCAAGGUCUUCAUCUUCCAGUUCGUCAACUUCUACUCCUCGCCCUUCUACGUGGCCUUCUUCAAAGGCAGGUUCGUGGGGUACCCCGGGCAGUACGGCAAGCUCCUUGGCAUGCGCAACGAGGACUGCGGCCCCGGCGGCUGCCUCAUCGAGCUGGCGCAGCAGCUCUUCAUCAUCAUGGUGGGCAAGCAGAUCGUCAGCAACAUCCAGGAGUUCCUCAUCCCCAAGCUGAAAGCCUGGAGGCAGAAGAGGAAGCUGGCCAGGGUUCGGGGCUCGCAGAUCAGCCAGGAGCCACGGCGCUGGGAGGAGGACUACGAGCUCAUUGAGUGCGAGGGGCUCUUUGAGGAGUACCUGGAGAUGGUGCUGCAGUUUGGGUUCAUCACCAUCUUCGUGGCCGCCUUCCCACUGGCCCCGCUCUUCGCGCUGCUCAACAACUGGGUGGAGAUCCGGCUGGACGCCCAGAAGUUCGUGUGCGAGUACCGGCGCCCCGUGGCCUACCGUGCCCAGGACAUCGGCGUCUGGUUCUUCAUCCUCGAGGUCCUGGCACAGAUCUCCGUCAUCAUCAACGCCUUCCUCAUCGCCUUCACCUCGGACUUCCUGCCCCGGCUGCUGUACCAGUAUGAGCACGACAGCCAGCUCCACGGCUACAUCAACUUCACCCUGGCUUAUGCCCCCCAGAGCUACGUCGCCAGCAAUCACACCCUGUGCCGGUACAAAGCUUUCCGCGACACCAGUGGGAACUACACCCUCUUCUACUGGAAGCUGCUGGCCAUCCGCCUGGGCUUCAUCAUCGCCUUCGAGCACGUGGUCUUCUUCUGCCUGCGCCUCAUCGACUGGUUGGUGCCCGACGUCCCCGAGUCGCUGGAAGUGAAGAUCAAGCGUGAGCGGUACCUGGCCAAGCAGGCGCUGGCCGACAACCACGACGUGCUGCUGACGGUGAGUCCCGACUCGCCCUCACCAGCAAGCAGCCUUUCACCCAGCAGCAUGACCUAG